ACAUCCGUUGUAAACAAGGCUGAAGUUAUUGACCAUUUCUUUUUAACAUGCAUUGUACGGUUGUCGUUAGGAUAGUGUAAAUGCAACUUUGGCAUUUUGCGAAAUGAAAAAGACUACUAAAAGUUUUAUAAUAUUUAUUAGAAUUACAAUUUCUAUUUGUUUUUUUGUUUUUCGAAUAGACUUCACCAAAUCAUUUUUGAUCUCAUUCGCACCCGGAUCUCAUACACAGAGGCUAAAUUUAUGUCCCGGGUCCGGGAUUUAUGUUUUGGAACUUCAGUCCGAGUCGAUCGAUCAGCUGACUUGUGUCUACUCUUGACUAGUUUCUGGAGGAAAAAAGUUUAACCUUAUUCUUUAGCUCUUCAAAAUGUCUGGGAAUAUUUGUGAAAAUGAUGCUGGCUUGCACGACUCUCACGAACAAUGUCCUCUUAUAAAUGGUAUCGAAGGAUCAGAAGAAAGGAAAAAGAAAGAAGAUUUUCUUGUCGCUCCGAAAGUUCCUGGCCUUAUAUCUGCCCGUCAUAUGCUUGCAUUCCUGGGGUUCUUGGGAUUCAUCAAUGUCUAUGCCAUGAGAGUGAACCUCAGUGUUGCCUUAGCAGACAUGGUGAACAGUACGACCGAAGUCAACAGCACCCAGAUCAGCUGCCCAGUCAAUGACUCGCUAUCAGCAAACUCAACAAAGAAGGAAGGAGAGUUUAAUUGGGAUUCAAACACCAAAGAGCAGAUCCUUGCUUCUUUCUUCUAUGGCUACAUCCUGACCCAGAUCCCCGGGGGUUUCUUGGCCGAUCUGAUGGGGGCCAAGUGGCUCUUCGGGUCGGGGGUGCUCUGUACGGCAGUGUUUACCCUCCUGACCCCUGUCGCUGCCAGGGCUGGUCUGGCUUGGCUCAUCGUCGUCAGGGUCAUUGCAGGCAUAGGAGAGGGUGUCACAUUUCCAGCCAUGAAUGCUAUGUGGGCUCACUGGGCUCCCCCCGUUGAGAGGAGUCGUCUUCUAACAUUCACAUAUGCAGGUGCGCAUUUUGGUACAGUAUUAGCAUUGCCGAUCUCUGGCGUUCUUUGUAAUUCCGAAUUCCUUGGUGGCUGGCCAUCAGUCUUCUAUGUCUUUGGUGUCUUUGGAGUUGUGUGGUUUAUUUUCUGGAUUGCACUGGUGCAUGAUACACCAGAUAAACACCCUCGAAUCUCACCCGAAGAACGCUUCUUCCUUCAAAAAGCAAUCAAGCCCAGAGAUAAGAAAUUAAAGGUGCCAUGGCUCCAGAUGUUGACAUCAGUGAGACUAUUAGCGAUCAGCUUAUCCCAUUUUUCAAACAAUUUUGGUUUCUACACAUUGCUGACCAAUCUACCUUCCUACUUGAAAUUUGGACUUGGCUUCGAUAUAUCACAAAGUGGAUUUUUAGCUGCUGUGCCUUAUUUAGUUAUGUGGAUCAUGAUCAAUGCUGGUGGUCAGGUAGCAGACUUCCUUCGUGGACGCUAUAUACUAUCAACAACUAAUACAAGGAAACUAAUGAAUACUCUAGGUCUUGUAUUACCAGCCGUGUUCCUAGUAAUUACCGGGUACAUAGGCUGCAACCAUGUUUUGGCUGUGGCGUUCCUAACCCUGGCCGUGGGAACAGGAGGGCUGGCUAUGUCCGGCUUCAAUGUCAAUCAUCUGGACAUCGCACCGGCCUAUGGGGGUGUUCUCAUGGGCAUUACCAACACCAUCGGGACCAUCCCAGGAAUCCUAGGCCCUUCUCUGGUCGGGCUCUACGUCACCAAUGAGUACGACAUCUCUCAAUGGCAGAUUGCAUUCUGGGUCUGUUUUGGUGUUUACAUGUUCGGCGCCGUCACCUACCUCUUCAUGGGCACCGGCGAGCUUCAACCCUGGGCCGACCCGGAGCUCCAGACCAAACCCUACCGACCUCCCGGUGGUGAUAAAGACACGGAUGGCCUUCCAUACUGCCAGUACGACAAAUGUAAUAGUAUUAACGGUGGAUUAUCACACACUGGGAAUAGCGGUGUUGUGAUGUCUUAAUCAGGCAGUAGUGAUAAACAUGCAAGGGGGGUGUUUCACAAAGACUUAAGUAUGACUUAGAGUCGCACUUAAAUACCGAGUUGCGUACGGUAUGAAAGGCUUGACCGCAUUGGUCAGAUCGUGACAUGAGGACGCGCACUACUGCGUAUCUAUCAAUAAGAUCGCGCGUUGCAUAUCAUGUACGCGUCGGCAUUUAAGUGUGACUUAAGUCAUGUUUAAAUCUUUGUGAAACACCCCCCAGGUUUUUUUAUGAUGGUGCAAUAUUAAAUGUGAUUGUAAGACAAAAAUCCCUCCAAAUAAUAAGACAUCAAUAGCAGUGGAUAGAAUACAUGAAUAUGCUCAAUGAUAAGUACAUGUAUUAUAUGAUAGAUUUAGAAUGGAAGCAACCUGCUGUAAAACGGGUAAUUUUCGCACGAUUAAAUUUUCGCACCACACAACAUUAGCAACAUAUUUCGCGGGAUGUUGUUUUCGCGCAUGAGAAAUAUCUGUCAAGUAAAGCGCACGUGUUGAAUUGCAGCGGUGUUGAAUGACCGUGCAUGAAGGUUUUUAAAUGCCUGUGAGAAAUUUUGUCACAACACACAACAGCGCACGUGUUCAGUGCUGGGGUGGAGUGAGUGUAUGGGAUGAUUACGUGAAUAAAUUUAUGUACGGUACUCACCGAUGCAGCCGGUCUUUCUCCAGCUUCCAAAUACUUGUAGAUUUGACAUCCCAUGCAGCUCCAGCAAAGCAACUAUACAGUAUAUUCCAAGAUAAAUCCACGAAAUUUCCAAAAUGUAUCUAAUAAAUGGUCCAAAUGGUAAACAAGUUCACAAAAAGUUUAGUUUGUGAAGUUCAACCUAUUUACAAAGUCACAUGUGUCCGAUGAUGAUGAUGAUGAUAAUGAUAAGAAUAAUAAUGAUAAUAAUAAUAACAACAACAACAACAAUAACAAUAAUAAAUGGUGCAAGAAGUAAACAAGUUUACAGAAAGUUAGAUCAUGAAUUCAACAUUUUUACAAAGCUUGUUCAUGAGUUUAGUUUACUCCCAAUCACCAUCCUCAGCAUCACUGUCGUCAAAUGCUGGAACUGGCUCUUUCCUUGCAUUCUCGACAGCUUUCGCUAUUCCAGUUUUAUUAAAUCCCUGUUUGAUGAGCUCGGUUUCAUGAUUGAUAGCAUCUUGAACUCGAAUCAGCCGCUGCGCAUGUACCGGCUUGAUCUUGCUGGUGCAUAGAUCCACAUAUUUUUCGAUCUCCUCGAUUUAUUUGCCUUCUUCAAGACCACUGGUAAUUUUCUGGUAGUACCACUCUUGACAUUGACCAUGCAUUAGGUCCUUGUACUUGCCGUUUGACUGUCGCGUAGAUCCACAGAUUUUGCCAUCUCUUUGAUUUCUUUGCCUUCUUCAAGACCACUGGUAAUUUUCUGGUAGUACCACUCUUGAAAUUGACCAUGCAUCAGGUCCUUGUACUUGCCGUUGACUGUCGCGUCAAGUGGCUGCAACUGAUCUGUGCAUUUAGCGGGGACGUACACGGACAAUGCACCUGAUUCUUCAAUCUUCUUGCGCAUGUCAUCAGUUCUGUGAGCAGGGAAGACGUCAAAUAUCAGCAGUGGUUUUGCUGUGAUGUUAAGCUGCUCCUGGGUAUGCUUCUCUUAUGAAAUUAUUAUCUUGUCUAAAUAUUAUCCCAUAGUCUCAGAAUUGCUCCAAUGUGAAGCCGUAUGUGUAACAUCCCAGUCCUCUGGAAAGGCGAUAUUUGGGUGACAUCUGUCAGUUGUACCUUGGCAGAUGAUCUGAGGUGGUAGCAUUUUUCCCGAUGUGGUCCAGGCGAGCAGCGCAGUAUACUGACGUUUGUCGUCGAUGCCUUUCACAUCGAUUUGUUUCUCACCCCGUUGGUUGAGUGACCAGUUUCUACUAGGUACAACUUCGACUGCAGUUUGGUCCCAGUUUAUUAUCAACUCGUUCAGGAUUUCGUAUUUUCGGACACAGCGUCCAAUACGGCGAUGAAAUUUGCCUUCGAUGAUAUCGAAAUCUUCUGGCGGAUUUUGUUCCUUUUCUUUUGACAUAGUUCAUACGCUGAAGAAUGCUGCGAGACCACGAUUUCUCAAGUUUAAAUAUUCUGCUAAUAUAGGAGGAUUGGAUUUCUUAAACAAGCCUUUCGCUGUAGCAAUCACAACCCUGGUCGAAACAACACCUCCAGUUUCACGAAUACUCCGGAUAAAUCGCUUCACCUGUUGAUUAGCCUCUUGCGUAAGCAAUAGCGGUCGGCCCCGCUGUUGUUUCAGAAGAUGUGUCACAGUUUUCACCGGUGCAGAUCCUUUCACUUUUUCAUACCUCUCACAGUACUUCCAUUUAUUGGUCUCUCCAACUCCUUUGUGAUUUUUUCAGAAGCUGCGAUAACACCAUUAUCUGCUGCAUACUUUCCAACUUGAGCCCUAAUCCCAGCAUUGUAGUUGGAAUAUUCACCCCGCUUUUGCUUUUGAUUGCGCUUUUAAUCCCUGAUUCAGUCAGCUUUUUGUUGUCAGGCUUUGGUAGACACUGCUGCAAACUGUCAGAUUUACCAGCAGGUUUGAAAUAGCAAUACAUCUUGGUUUCCUUCAUUCCUACGAAAACACGAAAUUGAAGUUGUGCUGCACUAAAACUGUGAAGCUUGGAAUUCAGGGGAGCGUUUCAUCAACAUUUUUGUCCGACAAGUUGUCAGAUCUGACAUCUUUCCUUAAAUCUGAUUGGCUGAGAGGUACUGUUAGUAUGGUAAUUGUCGGAUAAAACAGAACUUGUCGGACAAAGUCCCUUCAUGAAACGCUCCCCAGAAAUGCAGUGACAGUGACGGGUUUCGCUAUCACCCCUUUGUUUCAAGCGGGUCGGAGGUCACUGCCUAAUAAGGCAAAGGGAAUCCCCAUUGACGCGUUCGCGAGUCGGACUGCCUAAAAAUAGCACGUUGUUGACAAGGUGUAAAAUCAGGGCGUAGGAUUUUAAAUUGGCGGUGAUGUUAAAUUCGCGCUUGCUGUGAGCUGCGCGAAAAUAAAUGUUGUGCGAGAAUUACCGGUUUUACAGUAAUCGGACAGCUGACAUGGUGCAUGCUUUCAAUAUCAUCCACUGUAGAAAAAUUAACCAAGGCCUUAAGCUUAAAUUUUUAAGUAGCAGAGGUCAUUGCUUAAUUGCCCUCCCGUUGAAUUUUGGAAUCGUUUAUACCAUCAUUUUUAGACAAUAAGUCUUUCGUAUUAAACUUAUGCAA